GUUUAGGAAGUCAACUUUACAGUAGUUUCACAAGCAUUUGUCAGUACUACAGGAGUGUUUUGCGAGGAUGGCAAAUAGAAACACAUUUUCUUCCUUAUACUUUUGCUGCGCGUUGAUCUUCAUACUUGUGUCCGUUUUUGCCGUUUCAUCCCAAGCUGAGUGUCAAGAUGGAAACUACACGCAUGAGGACAGGGUCUGCUGUCUGUGUGGGGUUGGCCAAAAGCUGGUGGAGCACUGUACUGGGAAUGAAGAAUAUGGAAAAUGUGAGCCAUGUGACUCUGGGACGUACAGCAGUCAUCCCAGCUCUGAGAAGAACUGUGAGCCCUGCACAGACUGCUCACACCACAAUGAAAAUCUAGAAGUAGAAAGACCUUGUGAAGCUGCCAGCGAUGCAAAGUGUCGCUGUCGAGAGGAUCACUACUGUGUCAGCAAUGAUAAGGAUAUCUGUCUCCUCUGCAACCCUUGUAAAGAGUGUGGUCCUGAGGGUACUAAAGACAAAUGCUCAGGCAACAAUGACACAGUCUGCAAUGAAGUAAUGCCAGAGGCAUAUCCAGUACGCACAAUAGUCGGUAUAAUCGUACCGAUUUGUUUAGUCAUCACUGUUGUUGCUUUGUGUUGCUUCAAAAUGAGAAAAAUACGAAGUAGACUACAUACCAUAACACUCAGGAGGAGAGGACAUGUUCCUGAUGAGGAGAUGCAUCCUCUUAGAGAACCAGAAGUACCAGAUAUGGAUCUCCAGCCUCUCAUCCCUGACAUUGCUGAAAUUCUUGGAUGGAGGGAUAUGCAGGCCAUAGCAAUGGGGAGUGGGAUAUCAGACAAUGCCAUUGAAACCUGUAAACGGAACCAUCCAGGAGAAAGUGAAGAGCAGACAAUCGAACUACUGAAGAAGUGGGUGGAGAGAGAAAGCAAGGGGGCUCCACGGAAGUUGAUAGAAUUCCUGAGGAAGAAAGGCAAAAAGGCCAAAGAAGAGAAAGUGAUGGAUUUAUUGCGUAAUGCCAGCAUAUCAAAUAAUUCUGUAGACACUCAAACUACUGAAGUUGUGAGUGGAGAGAAAGGGCAAGAGGACUCUGCGGAAAAAGAUAGAAAUUCUGAAAAAUAAAAGCAAAAUGAGCAAAAUUGGAAUUAUUAAAUGAUACUAAUAGACCAAAUGAUUCUGUUUGAAUUAGUCUGUUGUGAGCGCCUUUAGAAAUGUAUUUGGAAGUAUUGUUUUAUCAGGAUAAGGAUUUCAAAAAAGCUCUCUAGCUCCUUGAUGCCAGUUUUUAUUCAUUAAACGAAAGAGAGGAGCAUUAUGAUUUAUGAUGAUCUUAUUCAAGUUUGUCUUUUUUCAAUAUAUAUACAAAUAAGGGAUGGAAAUUACACAAACAAAUGUCCUAUUUGGGCAUGAAAAUAUUUAUCUUGGGUAAAGUCAAUUCUUCAAUGUUUUAAUGCGAGUUUAGGGGUUUUAAGAAUAUUUUACAAAGGGUAAGGUUUUGAAUAAACUUUGCCAGAAUAAUUGUAACAUAAAAUUCAGGUCUCAUUGCAUGAAUAGUGGUAUUUUUUUGGUAACAGGUAUUGUGUUACAGAUCAGCACACAUAAUGUCCUUCAACAUCUUUUAAUCUAAAGGCCAGCCAUUCUUUGCUGGUCUGUGUGCUGCAGCUCUGAUGAGGUUAAAAGACAUUUAAAAGUUUUUUUGUACGCUGUAUUUGUUUUCCUCUAAGUCUUUUUGUGGUCAUGGUCAUUCAUCAUUUAAGUGUGCCUCUUUCUGUGCCAGGUGCUAUGUUUACAUAUGACAUUUGAACAAUUGAAGCCAAGAUUUUAGGCUGUUUUUUGGAUUUUAAGUGUUUUGUUAGCAUUGUGAUCCUCCAGGUCUGUCAGGAUUUCCCUUCAUUCUUGUGCUGUACUACACCUCUUUCCAGGGGGUUGGUUGUUAGCAGAAUGCCUGUUUCAUGUGUGAUGUGAAGCUGGUUUUGCUUGUAUAAUGUAAUUUAAGUUAAAUAAAUGUCCAUGGUUUGAGAGAUAAAUUAGUUUAACUUUAAGUCUGAUGUUUAAAUUCCUUUCAUUUCAGUAUUAUAAUUUUAAUAUUAAGAAAAAUAUGCCCAUAGUGUGACCAGUUAAUAUUAACUUUUUUUGCCAUGCCAUUAUUGCACAUCCAUUGUUUUACUUACAGUGCACCUGGAAAUAUUCACAAUGCUUCACUUUUCCACAUUUUGUUAUGUCACAGCUCAUCCCAAAAUGGAAUAAAUUCAUUUUUUUUUCUCAA